CGGUCAUAACUCACGCCUCCUCAUAUUCAGCUGAACAAUCAUGGGUUUAUUCGACGCCUUCUCUUCGGACUCCUCCAACGAAUAUAACGGUCUUGAAAGUCAUCAUGAGGCCAGUGUUUCCCACGAACUCAUCGCCGGCGCAGCCGCGUACGAGGCCGCCAAAGCAUAUGAGAACCACGUGGCUGAGAAUGGACGGCCCGACAACCACGCGAAGGCUAAAGAAAUCUUGGCCGGUUUCGCUGGCGCUUUCAUUGACCGUGAGGUCGAAACCAAGGGCUUGGACUUCGUCGAUAGGCAGAGGGCCAAACACCAUGCCAGGGAACAGAUUAACGAGAAAUUCACCGAGGACGUUUACCAGAAUUAUUAAGUGUAAAUCUAUGUCUAUUUGAUAUGUCAACCUUUGCACUCGUGGAGCUUGAUAGUCUCGAUUCCCGAUUGGCCUCAUCAUUAGGAAGAUUGUAAUAUUAUAUCUGUAUGCCAUUGAACGAGUGAACCGAGUAUCAUCGCACAAAGUGGGGC